AUGCCCCUUCCGGCGGUCCUGGAGCAUUCAUCAUCCGGUGUACUAUCCCUCCUAAGAGCCUGCAGGACCAUCGUUGAUCUCAACCAAGUCCAUGUCCACAUCCUUCGCAGAGGCUGCCAGCAGGAUCAUUUCCUGGUCGCCCAUUUCAUCUCGAUCUGCGCAGCGGCUCUGCCGACCAAUCUCUCAUACCCCACCGGCGUUUUCAAUUCCGUCACCCGCCCGAACAUAUACCUCUGGAACAUACUGCUAAAGGCCUACUGCGAGAACUCUACCCUUCGCGAGUGUUUCUCGCUUUUCAGUCGGAUGAGAAGGAGCUCGGGCGUGAUUCCCGAUAGGUACACAUUUUCUCCUUUAAUAAAGUCCUGCUCAAAUGCUCUAGCUUUGAGGGAGGGGUGGAUUGUCCACGGGGCCGCCGUGAGGUGUGGGGCCGUGGAGGAUGUCUUCGUGGGCUCCAGCCUGAUCGCUUUCUAUGGAAAGUGCGGGGAGAUCGAGUGCGCGCGUAGAGUGUUUGAUGGAUUACCCCUGAGGAACGAGUUUUCCUGGACGGCGUUAAUGGUGGGGUACAUUAAUUCUGGGGAUAUGUGUGCUGCGAGAUGCCUGUUUGAAGAAAUGCCCGUGAGGAGUGAGGCCACGUGGAAUGCGAUGAUCAAGGGUUUGGUCAAAUUGGGUGAUAUGAGCAGCGCUAGAAAACUGUUCGAUGAAAUGCCCGUGAGAAGUGAGGUCUCCUUCACGACUCUAAUUGACGGGUACGCCAAGGCAGGACACAUGGCGGCUGCUAGGUCCCUGUUCGACCAGCUGGCCCACAAAGAUCUGGUCUCGUGGUCCGCCUUGAUCUCAGGCUACGUGCAGAAUGGUGAGUCCGGCCAUGCCGUGAGGGCCUUCCGUGAGAUGUGCGCCACGGGCCUAAGGCCAGAUGAGUUUGUGAUGGUUGGCCUGAUGUCCGCUUGCUCUCAACUGGGCUCUUUGGAACUCGCAAGAUGGAUCGAAUCCUAUCUCAUGGAGCCGGGCGGGUCAUUCGACCUGACUCGAGCCCAUGUGGCGGCAGCCCUUGUCGAUAUGAACGCCAAAUGUGGGGACUUGGAGCGGGCAGCUCGGUUGUUCGAGGACAUGCCCAGACGAGACUUGGUCUCAUACUGCUCGAUGAUGCAAGGGUUGUGCAUUCAUGGGCGUGGGGCCCACGCGGUGCCGCUGUUUGACAGGAUGAUCCGUGAGGGCGUGAGGCCUGAUGACGUGGCGUUCACCGUGGUCCUGACUGCAUGCGGCAGUGCAGGCCUAGUAGACGAGGGGUGCCGUUAUUUCGAGAUGAUGGCCCGUGAUUACUCCAUGAGCCCGAAUGCUGAGCAUUACGCGUGUAUGGUUAGCCUUCUUGGUAAAUGCGGGAAAUUGAGGGAUGCAUUUGAACUUAUACGAUCGAUGCCCGUUGAAUCAAACGCGGAGGCUUGGGGAGCUCUGCUCGAGUCGUGUAGGUUGCACGGUGACGUUGACUUAGGGGAGGUAGUGGCGUGUAGGCUCUUUAAAAUGGAGCCACGGAAUGCAAGUAGUUACGUGCUUUUGUCUAAUAUUUAUGCUGAGGCUGAUAAGUGGAUUAGUGUAUCUCGUUUGAGGGACAGAAUGAAUGAGAAAGGUGUUAGGAAGAUACCCGGAUGCAGUUAUGUUGAGUCGACUUCUUCUGGUUAA